GGCAAAGUGGUCACCGAUGUGAUAAGACGGACAGAAGCGUGGAACAGGAGGGCUUCAGAGAACAUCAGGUGACUACAGUGACUAAAGGCUCCGGAAAGAGAGAGAGACAGAGAGGGAGAGUGGAAGGAGAGAGUGAAAGUGAGAGAGAGAGAGUGAGAGGGAGGAAGCCAGCAGCGACCUCCUACCCAACAACCUCGGAAGCGAACCCAUAAAAUGAAUUCAGACUCCAGUCCGAGCAGCAGAGCCUCUUCCCCGGACAUGGACGGCAUGUUUCUCCGAGACCAGCACCCGCACCACGGUCACCACCACCAUCACCACCACCACGUCGGCUCCUCCGUGUCCUCAUCCACGCAGGGCGGCGAGCAGCAGCGCCAGAAGAUGAGCGGCGGCGAGCACCUGCGGUCCGGAGACGCCAAGUCAGCGUCAGUGGGAAGCAGCAGCAGCAACAAGUUCAAACUGAAGAAGCAAGUCACCGAGGAGGAAAUGUACCACCUCCGUCUAAAGAUUAACGGCCGGGAGCGGAAGCGCAUGCACGACCUCAACCUGGCCAUGGACGGCCUGCGCGAGGUGAUGCCCUACGCGCACGGGCCCUCGGUGCGGAAGUUGUCCAAGAUCGCCACGCUGCUUCUGGCCAGGAACUACAUCCUGAUGCUCACCAGCUCUUUAGACGAGAUGAAGCGGCUGGUGGGGGAGAUUUACGGAGGGCAGCACUCAGCUUUCCACUGCGGCACCGUGGCGCACGCCGCCGGCGGACACGCCGGGGGCCCCGUCGCCGCAGCCGCCGCCGCUGCCGCCGCCGCGCACCAGGUGCACCCUCUCCUCGGGAGCGCGCUGUCCUCCUCCACGUCGUCCACUCUGUCGAGCGCGCUGCCGGGGCUCACGUCAAUCCGAUCACCCCACUCCCUGAUGAAGGGCUCCCCGGCUGCGCCCCCGGCCCUGCAGCUGGGCUCCGGCUUCCAGCACUGGGCCGGACUGCCGUGUCCCUGCACCAUCUGCCAGGUGCCGCCUCCCCCGCACAUUCCCAUCACCUCCACCGGCCUCACGAAACUCACAGUGGAGGGCAAGGACGGGAUGAAAUGAUGGCCGGUGUGUGUGCCAGACGCAUAGACUGAGACAUGUGAUGAUGUUUGUACAUAGAGAAUUCAGGGCAUGGGGGGUGGAUCCGGCCUCACUGGUGCAUGUUGUUGUUUAGUCUGUUUUCUUGUUUGGCGUAUGAGAAAAAAAGUGUUAUUUUCCUCCUUGUAACAAGGACUUAUAAGACUGACGAAUUUGCCAAUUUACGGUAAAAAGAAAAAGUUCCGUGUUGUGCAACAAGACGCCUCGACCCUCUUGUGUUUGAGUUUUAGUCUCUGAGCGGUGAAGGAGGCUGCAUGAACGUUUUGAUUUCAUUUCAAACUCACUUUUGUUUCGUAUCAGGCGUCAUUUUGUGAAAACGAAGAAUGCUCUCUGUGCCUUGUACCAAGGAUUUUAAACUUGAGUUCUGUAUGAAAAUAAUGACAUUUAUGUGUUUGGCUAAAACGAUUCUGCCGCCGCGGAAAUCUGUUUUCAAAUCUAAGUUUUUAGAUUGAUUUUGUGGCUCAUUCUGUCUAUCCGUGCUCUGAUUUCCAUUUUUUAUUUGUAUCUCUCUUUUUUUUUGCAUGAUGAAACGAUUAUCACAGCAUGAUUGUUUUUUGCUGACCUGAAUUUGUUA